AUGGCCAACCCUCAGUAUGCACAGCUUCCCAAGUUUAAGUACCAGACUUUCGAGAGUCGAUAUCAGACCUUUGACCGUCACACUUUGCAAUUUUCAUAUUAUCCCGUUAAUGCUUCUUCGGAUGGUCUGACAUCGGAUAAGGAUCAGGACACCACCGACAAUGCCGCCACCGACCCAGAGAAAGAAUCAGUUCCGGAAAGUGCUCCCGUAGAAGGAUCAAGUAGUUCGCCUGAUGAAGCGGCCCCCGCUGCUGAACCUGAAGCGUCUCCUGAAGCGGACGCAGCUCCAGCUUCGACCGAACCUUCCGACGCUCCAGCCCCAGAGAACAAGGAAGAUGCACCACCUGCACCGGGGGCAGAAGAUUCUACGCCAAAGGAGGAAGAGGGAGGUAGCUCGGACGAACCCGCCGCCGAAGCACCCGCUGAAGAGCCUGGAGCACCCGCCGCUGAAGCACCCGCUGAAGAGCCUGCCCCUGAAAUUCCUGCAGCUGAAGAGCUUCCUCCUGAACCCACUGCCGAAGCACCCGCUGAAGAGACUGCCCCCGAAGCUCCUACAGCUGAAGAGCCUGCUCCUGAAGCUACUGCUGAUACUGUUGAGGAGCCCGCCCCCGCACCUGCUACUACAGCACCGACCGAAGAACCCACGCCUGAAGCCAAUGCAGAAGUUUCCACAGAGCCUGCCAAUCAGCCUGACGCCGAGGCGCCCGCUGAAACUCCCACCGAAGAGCCCGCCGAGCCCCUUGCUGCAACCGUCGCUGAACCGACUACUGAGACGCUCACCGAGACGCCCGCCGAGACAGCUGCUGAAGAACCUGCUGCUGAGCCCGUCGCUGAACCGACUACCGAGACGCCCGCCGAGACAGCUGCUGAAGAGCCUGAGCCGGUCGCUGAAACGACUACUGAGACGCCCACUGAAACACCUGCAGACGAGCCUGCUGCUGAGCCCGUUGCCGAACCGACUACUGAGACGCCCACUGAAACAUCUCAUGACGAGCCUGCCUCUGAAGCUCCGGCAACUGAAGAAGCCACUGCUGAUCCUGCUGCCCCUGAAGAGCCCGCCACUGUACCUGCUACUGAGCCCACUACCGAUGCCACCGCCGAAUCCUCUACUGAAGCGCCCACUGAAACUCCCACCCCAGAGCCUGCAUCUGAAGCUCCUGUAGCUGAAGAGCCUGUAGUUGAAGCCACUUCUGAACCUCCAGCAGAAGCUUCCGCAGAGCCUGCGGCUGAAACUUCUGCAGGUGAAGCUAAUACUGAGCCUGCAGCUGAGACAGCCUCUGAAGACAAGCCUGAGGACCCGGCACCAGCGGCAGUCGAAGAGGCUGCUCCUGUAGAUCUAGAACCUCCAGUGGAGAACAACGAAGUCAAUGACGAGACUGACUUUCCAGAAUGCGAUCCCACCGCCGAGCUUGACAAGAUCGAGGCAGAGAAGGAAGAAGCCGCGCGACAAGCGGAGGAAGACGCCAAAGCAGAAGCAGAGGAGGCCGCAGUAGCCGCUACUGUGCCUGAAAUCGUCGAUGUGGAUAUUGAGUAUGAGGAUUCGCCUGCCGAUAAAGCGCCAGAGGGGGCGCCAGCGGAUGCAGGGGCCGAAGAUACGACAGAGGCCGAAGCAGGCAAAGUAUCUGAUGAACCGGCAGAUCAACCAUCCAAAGAGCCCGAAGUAGUCGAUGAUGGGGCCGAGGCUGCAGUGGCUGAGGUGGCUGAAGAGGCAACUGAAAAUCCUGCAGGUGUACAACCUAGUGUGGAGGAGCCUCCUGCUGCUGAACCCGUUGUUGAAGAGCCCGCCGUUGAAGAGCCCGCUGUUGAAGAGCCCGCCGCUGAAGAACCUGCCGCUGAAGAACCUGCCGCUGAAGAACCUGCUGCUGAAGCCGCUCCUGAGCCUGUUACUGAGCCUGUUACUGAACCAGCUGUAGAGCAAGUAGUUGAGGAGAUUGCUGUUGAAGCCCCGGCUGUUGAAGAACCAGCCCCUGAGCCACCUACUGCCGAACCCGCCACAGAACCAGCUGCCACAGAGACUCCCAGAGCAGAAUCCACUCCCGAAGAAUCUGCUCCUGAGGAGCCCGCUGCUGAAGUUGUUCCGCCAGCGGAAUGUGUUGAAGACAGUGCCCCAGCUGAAGAACCUACCGGCGAAAAAGCGCCUGAAGAGCCACAGGCGGCUGAGCCAGUUGAGGAAAAGUCUGCCGAGGAACCCAUUUCGGAAACCACUGCCCCAGAGGUGGCGGUUGAAGAUGCGGUUGCCACAGAGGUCACAGAAGGAAUGCCAAGCGAGGAGGCUGCUGCUGAAGAGGAAAACACAGCGGAAGCCCCUGCAGAGGAAAAGGCAGAGGAGACUCCUGCAGAAGCACCUAUUGAGGAGGAGGCUGCUGCUGCGAAGGAUGUUCCUGCUGAAGAGCCCGCUGCCCCAGAAGCAGCGCCAGCUGAAGAAAUUUCGGCCCCAGUUGAGGAAUCUACACCAGUAGAGGAACCAGCUUCUGCAGAGAAUCCUGUUGGCGAGGAGCCUGCGUCUGUUGGAGAAGUUGCUGCUGAGGAGGCACCUGCUCCGGCUGAAGAAGCGCCUGCUCCCACUGAGGAGGUUUCAGCUCCUACUGAAGAACCUCCGACUCCAGAAGAGGCUCCGGCUCCUGUUGAAGAACCUGUCACUGUUGAGGAAACUCCUGCUCCUGUGGAAGAGGCUGCGCCCACACCCGUCGAAGAAUUUACUCCAGAGGAUCCUUCUCCGGAGCCAGAACCUACGGCCACUCGUGAACUGCCAGCUGAGGAAGUCAUCUCUGAGGACCCAGCUCCGGCCGAAGAUGCACCAGCGGAGGAACCUGCUACCGAUCGCGAGCUCGUUGAAGAGAUUCCCGCUGAAACACCCGAUGAAUCCUCUGACGGUGUCGAUCCCCUUGUGGCCGCAGCCGCAGUCUUACCUGCUGCUGUAGCAGCCGAACAAGCCUCACGACGCAGAAAGAGACGGACCCAGGAUGCGGAUCGGGAACACCGUCAUUCGAAGCAUUCCGAGGAUGUACGGAGACCUGCACCACGCCAGAAGCUCGAGCGGAGUGGAAGUCUCCUCAGUCGGUGGACUCAAUCGCUCGAAGAAGCUAAGAGACAGCACGAGGAUAAAAUCAGACAGGAGGAAAAGCGGAGAGCCCGUACGAUUGAAAAGACAGAGAGAGAGAGACACUCCCUAGAGCGCGAGCGGCCGAGGCGAGGCGAGCGUUCCUCGAAAGAGAAGACGACUAAGGAUGACCACCCCCGCCACCGGCAUUCUGAGAACUCUGGUAGUCACGAUGGGGAACGCUCUUUGAAGGAUGAUGCUCCCGUGGCUGUGAAGUCUAGUCGCCGUGGCUCUGAACACUCGAGUGGCAACCGAGACGAGCGAAGGAGCUCUUCCUCUAGGGAUAUCCAAGCAUCGGGUUCAAAGCCGCGAGCCUUUUUGAAGUACAUGACUGAAGCGGAGUCCGAGACGAAUGGCCCUCUUCUCAAGAUCAAUGGCAACAAGGCUUCGGCCAACGUUUACGAGCCCGCUAGGAGAUCUUCCACCAGCCACUCUCGCAGCCACCGCUCCUCGCACGAUGGCAGGGGCUCAACGGAUCGGUCCAUCGGUUCUCGUCGCGACGAUGGGGAAGAGAACAUUCGACGCGAAAGAUCUCGUCGUGAUGAUGAGGGAGAGAAUAUUCGACGGCAGAGGUCCCGUCGCGAUGAUGAGGAAGACAGAGCCCGUCGCGAAAGAAGAGCCCGACGAAGGGCGGAGGAAGAGGAGCAGGAAAGAGCGAAAGAGAAAUCGGACCAUCAUCGCCAUCGCCAUAGCGGAGAGACACGCCAGCGCCAUCACAGGCACAGGCGUGAAGAGCCUCCUCCACGCGAGGAGUCCAGACUCAAGAGUUUUAUCAAAUCAAUUGCAGCCCAUUGA